ACCGCGCCCAGCCGAUGCUUUUCUUUUAUAUUUGUGGUAAUCGAAAUUUAGAAUUAGUGAGAUUUUAAAGAUCAUCUAACUCCAAUUUGGGGAAACUUUGGAAUUAUUUUUUUGCAUUCCAUCAUUCAUCAAAUAUAUAUUGAGCACCUGCAGCUGCUGUGUACCAACACUGGGGUUCGAGCUGUGUAGCAUAGAGAGACCUACCUGGUUGCCCUUUUUGAGCUGCAGUCUAGUUUGGGAGACGAACAAUAAAUAACUGUAUAAAUAAAACCUGAUAUUGAAACUGGAUAAGUGCCAUGAUAUUUGUACUUUUGACACUAUGAAUGCUUACUAAAGAAGGAUUUAGAGAAAUUGAGGUAAACUUUUGAAAAGGUGAUAGUUGAUAUCUGAAAGAGAUGAGGAGUCAAGGUAUAGCUUUUUCAAGACAGGAAAUAGUAUUUGUAAAGAUCUGGUGGCCUGAGGAAUAUAGCUUUUUCAGGGAAAGAAAAAGCAAAGAGUAGUGUGAAGUGAGGUUGUAAGAGGCCAGAUCACAUAGGGCCUUGGAGUUUUGUCUUUAUCUUAAGAGCAAUCAGAAACCAUUGAAAUACUUAAGCCAAGUGAGGUGAUCAGCUUUACAUUUUCAGAUUCAGUCUAGAUGUAAUACGGACAAUUGAAGAAGGCAAGAGUGGAUGAGAGUAGUGGAGUAAUGCAAGCAAGAAAUGUUGGGAAGUAGUUAUAGAGAUAAGGAGAAAUAGAUUCAAGGGAUAUUUAGGAAAUAAAAUGGGCAGGAUCUGUGGGAUAGGGGGAAGGAAUUGCUAAAGAUGACUUGUAGGUUUCUGAAUUGCUUAGCUGGAUAGAUGUCAUUCACUGAAUUAGAAAAAUUUAGAAGUUUGGUUUUGUACAUGUUGAAUUACAGGUGCCUUUCAGGCAUUUAGGAGGUGUAAAAUGGGAAAUAGUGAUCUGGAUCGGAGAGUCAAGGCCUAGGGUAAAGAUGAAAAUCAGGGAGUCAUCAAUAAAUAAGUUCUUAUUAAAACUAUGCAUAAAUGAAUGAAGAAGCCCUAGGAUGGAGUCUUGGAUACUUAAUGGCCAGGUUAGAAGAUAAACCUGCAAGGAAAAUCCAGGAGGAGUGCCCAGAAAGGGAGGAAAGCCAGAGGAAAAGAUGCUAGAACCACAGGAGAAUGGCAUGAUUGACCUACCAGAUUAUGAGCAUGUAGAAGAUGAAACUUUUCCUCCUUUCCCACCUCCAGCCUCUCCAGAGAGACAAGACGGUGAAGGAAUUGAGCCUGAUGAAGAGUCAGGAAGUGGAGCACUUGUUCCUGUACCUCCAAAGAGAACAGUUAAAAGAAAUAUACCCAAGCUGGAUGCUCAGAGAUUAAUUUCAGAGAGAGGGCUUCCAGCCUUAAGGCAUGUAUUUGAUAAAGCAAAAUUCAAAGGUAAAGGUCAUGAGGCUGAAGACUUGAAGAUGCUAAUCAGACACAUGGAGCACUGGGCACAUAGGCUAUUCCCUAAACUGCAGUUUGAGGAUUUUAUUGACAGAGUUGAAUACCUGGGAAGUAAAAAGGAAGUUCAGACCUGUUUGAAACGAAUUCGACUUGAUCUCCCUAUUUUACAUGAAGAUUUUGUUAGCAAUAAUGAUGAAGUUGCGGAAAAUAAUGAACAUGAUGUAACUGCUACUGAAUUAGAUCCCUUUCUGACAAACUCAUCUGAAAGUGAGAUAUUUGCUUCUGAGUCAAGUAGAAGCCUAACAGAAGAGCAACAACAAAGAAUUGAGAGAAAUAAACAACUGGCCUUGGAAAAAAGGCAGGCAAAGCUGCUGAGUAAUAGUCAGUCCCUAGAAAAUGAUAUGUUAAUGAAUACAGCCAGGGCACACAUGGUUGAAGCGGUUAAUACUGAUGAAGAUCAAAAGGACGAGUCAAAUGGAUUAAACGAAGACAUUCUAGACAAUCCAUGCAAUGAUGCUAUUGCUAAUACUUUAAAUGAAGAAGAGGAAUUAAAAUUAGAGGAAACACUGCUGGACCAGUCUUUUAAAAAUGUGCAACAGCAACUUGAUGCUACAUCCAGAAAUAUUACUGAAGCUAGAUAAGUUUCCAUUAAGAGAAAAUGUAUCUGUUAAGUCAUCAUCCUGCAAGCUUGGCGUUACUAUGUAUUUUUUCUUCUUGGAGUGAAAAUCCUUAGGUAGUAAAACUUUUACAGAUUAUUGUUUAAAAUCUGGUAAUCUGGUAUUUAUUUAUAAUUAUGCUUGUCACUUUAGUUAAAUCUAUUUGUUCUCUUUAGUGUUGGGUUUUAUAUAGAUAUUUCUUCAUAAAAUGAUUAGUAGGUAAUAAGGAGUUUCUGCUGCUGGUCUGUCAUUGAAUGCCUUGUUUUCACUAAGUUUGGAGGUUUUGUUUCUGUUGUUUACUGCUCCUUGCAAAACAGGGUUAACCCAUGGAUAGUGUGCCCAGAAUAGUCUGGGUGAAGUUUGUUUGUUUGUUUUGAGACAGUCUCGUUCUGUCAGCCAGGCUGGAGUGCAGUGGCACAAUCUCGGCUCACUGCAGCCUCCACCUCCUGGGCUCAAGCAAUUCUGCCUCAGCCUCCCGAGUAGCUGGGAUUACAGGCAUGUGCCACCACGCCCGGUUAAUUUUUGUAUUUUCAGUAGAGACAGGGUUUCACCAUGUUGGCCAGGCUGGUCUCGAACUCCUAACCUCAGGUAAUCCGGCCCCCUUGGCCUCCCAAAGUGCUGGGAUUACAGGCGUGAGCCACCGCGCCCAGCCUGGGUGAAGUUUUAAGAUGUACAUAUAUUCAAUAUUAAUGUCAUUUUUUUAAAAGAAGUAAAAAUUAUCUUAAAAACUA